AUGUGGGUUCUUAGGUAUCAGUAUAGUUUAGAUGAUGGUUCAGUGGAAAAAAUAUCCUGCUGCAUACGGAAUGAAGAAACAUAUUAUUUGGGGAGAUCGAGCAAGAAUCAAUUGUCAGUCAGAAAUGAUAAAAGCAUAUCAAGACAACAGAUAUCAAUACAAUGGGAUAGGGAUAAGGAUUGUAUUAUGGUGAAAAAUCUUGGAAAAGUUACUAUGGUAGAAGAAAGAUAUUUAUCAGAUGGUGAAACUCUAAGUUUUCAGUCAAAGAAUGAUUUAGUUACAAUGAAGAUUGGUACUACACCAAUAGUGGUAAAUCUAAGCUGGGAGGUUAAAAGAUGCAAUUAUAUGAAGACUGAUAUGGAUAUGGUACACUUGUUGCAAUCUUAUGGUUUCCAACCGACUACAAUUGAAAAUUCACAUUCUUUGGAUAUGAUAAUUCAGAAUGACGUUACCACUAUUAGUGAUAAAUACUUGAAGUGUUAUUCGAUGAUUCAUGAUACUAUUUUGAUCAAUUCGAAAACUCUAAGAGAUAUCCUAACAAAUAAUAUAAUAAUGACGAAAAAAUUUGACAGCUAUUGGGUCAAGCUUAAUAGCCAUGAAUCAAAUAUUCAAAACCAUACAAUUAAUGUUACGAAACUAGCGAAAUCUUUAAAGGGUAUGCAUAUGUUUUUACUUGAUCCAGAGUCUUACAACUGUGAAUAUUUUGAAAAGUUUUUGGAGGAGAUUGGUUGUAUUCCAAGGAAAUUUUUAAAUAUCAAUGAUUUGGAGACCUAUCUCGAAACUCAAUUCAAAGGUGGCGAGUUCCUCUUGUUAUCUUCUGCUAAAUUAGAAAAUCAGUCUAGGUUGGAACGAUUUAUUUCAAUUCCUUUAGAAUCAUUUUUAGAUAAGUUAUUAUUUUUAGAUCUUGAUUUUGGUCAAUCAAUCAAUAGAUCCAAAGAAGAAUCUAAAAAUGUAAUAGAACCUGUCUUAAAAGAAGUUGGAGUGGAACAGACAACUGAGGCGGUACCUAUAAGUAAAAAUGUUGAAAUUUAUGAACCUCAACCUAAAAAACGUCGUUUAAAUCGUUCAAGAGUCAAGCCUCUAGAUAGUUUGAAUUUUUUUGCAGGAGGUGUCACUUCAAUAGGAGCGUCUCAACUUCCUUUGCCAGUUGAAGAGGCUAACAACAUAACUAGAAAAAAAGAUAAAGAAGUUAUUAAAAGUCAGGGAAAAGGGGAAAUAAAUAUAGAAACUGAAAUGGAUGAGUCAGGAAACGGUGAAUUACUAUCUACUGCAUCAGAAUUCAAGAAACCAAAGAGCGAUGUACAACACAAACUGGAAAAAAGAAUGCAGGUUGCAAUUGACAGAUCACCAGAAAAGAUUAAAAAACCUAAACUUGAAGAAAAUAUUUCUAUUCAACAACUGCUUUCUAACAAAGUAAAGUCAACUUCAGACACAAGUAGUGUAUUAAUUGAAACUCAAAUUGCAAAGGAAAGUAAUACUAAGGCAAUUGAAUAUGGGAAGGUUCGCCAGAAAACAUUGACUGAUUAUAAACAUACCUCUGAUGAACGGAUAGAAAGACCAUCAGUUGACCUAGUACAUGCCAUUCAAGACAUAAAAGAGAGAGAAACCCUGAGGGUAAAAACAUCUAUAGUGGAAAUAAAGGAAAACGAGUUAACAGAGGAAGCAAUUAACAAGUUCAGCGAUUUAACUGUUGUGGAUAUCAAUACAAGAUUAUUCAAGGAUAAGAGUCUAGAUAUAAAUAAACCAGCAAAUUCCAAUCAGAAUAAUAUGGAUUGGUCUGGCAAGAAAAACUUUAAAAAAUUUGUAAAAAUGGUCCCAAAAUAUAAGAGAUCUCAAGGAAAUGGGCAACAUGCAGAUUCCUGUUCUACAUUUAUAAGAAAUUCAGCCAUGCUAAUUACAAGAAAUUUUGUACCAAUGAAACAGUAUUCGAAAUUAGAUAAUAAUUCAAACUCAAAUGAGAUGACAGAUUUCUCUAAUAUAGAGGUAAAUAAAAAACCAGUUGAGAAAAAUAGAGAAGCUUACUCUAGUGACGAUAGCGUAGAUGAACCAUCUUUUACGUUCACUAGAAAUUCAUCAUCAAAACAACUAUUUGUAAUGGAUGAGAGUAUAAACGAAGACUCAUUAAAUAUGAUCAAUGACAAAGGUUUGCAAGAAAUGUCCCAGAAUUCCAUUGCCAAUAGUAACUUCGAAGUUCCUAAUUAUAAGGACAGAGGUAAUAAAUCAUCAGAUUCAUCUUCUGGUAAAGAAUACAUGACCAAGUCAUCUUACACAUCCUUUAACUACAAUAGGGAAAAUUCAAACGGUCAAGUUGAAAAAAAUAGUAGCGGCGUUCAUAAAAUUGGUAUUGAUCAAAACAGUGAAGUUAUUAAUAAUAAUGAUGACGAUGAUGACGAUGACGAUGAAGAUAUGCCAAAAUUCAGAUUUAGGAAGAACAGAUAG